ACCGGCCGAGCAACAAUACGGCACAGGGAGAUCGAACCUGAUUGGAUCGGAGCGAAUCGAAUCGACCUAGGUAUAAGUCAACCGGAGCGGAAUGGGCCGUAACAACGUCAUCUGCACGAUCUGCUCGGAGCGGUUUCGCACCUCGGACAAUAUACAAGCCGGCAGCUGCGGACACGCGUUCCACGAGGACUGCCUAGACCACUGGAGAAAGCAAUCAAGGACUUGCCCUAUCUGCCGCAGCCAGGAUGCCGCCUACUUUCAGCUUUAUCUGGACUUUGAGGAGUUUCCGGAAAGUGCAUCGGCUCAGGGUGGCAGUUGGGGCGGCCAUAAUCGGAGCCAAGGUCACAGCAGCAGCAGCAGCAGCUGCAGCAGCAACAACAACAACAGUAACGACAACAGCAGCAGUGACGAUUAUAUUGGAAUUAUGAGGGAGUACGAGAAUCUACUUUACGAGACGGGCGUGUACCGAGAAGAGAUCGAAUAUCUUAACCAGCGGAUCGGAGCCCUUACUGUCCUCAAUGCUGAACUCAGCAAACUACAUGAAUGUUCGGAUUCGGAUGUUGAUUAAAAGCCGUAAACAAACAAACGAGUCGCAUUUGCUUAUCGUACUAUUCGCCUGAAAACCAAUCAAAACCGAAUAUUUGCGAAACCGACAGGCAAAACGUAAUAAGGCUGAGCUAAACAAAAGAACUCGAUACAUUUCAUUAUAAAGGAAGCGGUAGGUACAGGGUUAGCAACUAAAGGGUUUGACAAGAUAAUAGACCCAAAUAGAAAUAAAUUGUUUAGGGCUGAGGCCCCAAAUUGCGAUAUCAGAAAAUUAAACUGAUAGAAAAUAUCACAUAUUAGUGUAUUUUUUGUAUACCAAUAAUCAAAUAAAUAUUAAGAAUAUAUGUCCUG